CGCCGGAGCCAUGCUGCCUCUGUCAAGGGAAGCUCCUGGAUGCGCUGAUGCUCUGGGUUACAGCCCGGGAGAGAGAUGCCAGCGUGCGAUCUUGACUGGAUUGUUUGAGUCUUGUCUGCUGACUGUUAAUGAUUUGCUGCGGAAGCCACCCGCACAGGAGAAAGAUUUUGCCGAGCAGCUGAGCCAGCAAAGAAGCCGCGCACUAGCAGCGCCCUCCCACCUCCUUCCUCCCUGUCUGCGCUCGCCUCCCACCCAGCUCUCUAGACAGCAGCUACUCGGCGGCGUCUGGCUGCAAAUGGAAGCGGCUGGUCCCGAGGAUGCCCCCUGCCCGCGGGCACCGCCGGAAACAGCAGGAGCUGCCGCAGCGCCUCCGAGAUCGUUCCCCAGCCUCUUGCUCGGGAUUAAAGGCAAACUCUGCACAUGUCAUAUUUUGAAAACAGUUGCGCUGGGUCAGGUGCUUUCCUUGUUUAUCUGUGGGACUGCUGUUGCAAGCCAGUAUUUAGCAGAACAGUACAAAGUGAACACUCCAAUGCUACAAAGUUUUAUCAACUAUUGUUUGCUUCUUCUAGUUUAUACAACAAUUUUGGCAUUUAGGAGAGGCAGUGACAGCAUUUUGCAAAUUCUGAAAAGGAAGUGGUGGAAGUAUAUUCUGUUGGCACUAGUAGAUGUCGAAGCUAAUUACACAAUUGUAAAGGCUUACCAGUACACAACCCUAACCAGCGUUCAGCUGCUGGACUGCUUUGGGAUCCCUGUGUUGAUGGCUCUAUCAUGGUUCAUUCUGCGUGCAAGAUACAGACUCAUCCAUUUCAUUGCUGUUGCUGUCUGUCUGUUGGGUGUGGGAGCUAUGGUUGGUGCAGACAUAUUAGCUGGGAGGCAGAACAGUGAAGGAAGUGACGUGGUGGUUGGCGAUGUCUUAGUUCUGCUGGGUGCUUCUUUGUAUGCCGUUUCUAAUGUGAGUGAGGAAUACAUUGUGAAAAAUCUGAGCAGAGUGGAGUUUCUAGGAAUGGUGGGCUUGUUUGGGACUUUUAUCAGCGGUCUACAGCUAGCCAUUGUGGAACGCACGGACAUAGCUCACAUUCAGUGGAACUGGAAAAUUGUGUUACUAUUCGUGGCUUUUGCCCUCUGUAUGUUUGGGUUGUAUAGCUUCAUGCCAGUAGUGAUUAAAGUUACUAGCGCUACUUCUGUCAACUUGGGCAUUCUGACAGCUGAUCUCUACAGUCUUUUUUUUGGACUGUUCCUGUUUGGCUAUCAGUUUUCAGGUCUCUACCUCCUGUCUUUUGGUGUCAUUAUGGUGGGCUUCGUUUUGUACUGUUCUACUCCAACUCGAACUGCAGAAGAAGCCACAACCAGUGUGCCACAACCAGCCAGCAUUGGGUUUGAUAACCUUGGACUAAAAAUUGAGGAGAACCACCAGGAAACUCCAGCUGCUACCGUACAGUUUACUAAAGAAGAAAAUGUGCAGGUGAACAUGGGUUAGAAAACUAGCAGCAUUUUAAAAGAAGCUUUUGUACUGCCAAAUUUAUCCCUCAAUAUCGAUAUGGAGAACUGCUCUGUUGCCAAAGGUGUACAUCAUGCUGCAUUUGUUUUAGUACACUGGAUAAACACUUAGCUGAUAAGGCCAGAUCCUCAAUCAAUGAAGCUAUGUUAAUCUAAUCCAAAUGAAGAUCUGUCCCUUAAGGUGAAAUAGAAAAAUAUUUGGAAGCCUCUGGGAAGCGACAGAACCUUAUGUUCAGAAAGUUUGAUUAAUUUAAGAGCAAAUGCUUUAUAAAGAUGAAAUCAAAUCUAGCUCUCAGGUCACUAGCAGGAGCAGAAAUCCUUUGUUAUGUGUUAAUUAUUAAGGGCCCGAUCCUGCAAGGUGCUAAGGGAGUGUCCUCUGCUCCCAUUGGAAUGAGUGGGAUUUGAGAGCACUCAGCACUUCUCAAGAGGCCCUCAGCACCUUGCAAGAUCUAGCUCUACGUGCCAUAACACAUAUGUUUGCAGUGUUGUAGCUGUGUUAGUCCCAGGAUAUGGGACACAGAAGGUGGGUGAGAUAUUUUUUAUUGGACCAGCUUCCAUUAGUGGAAAGGACAAGCUUCCUCAGGUCUCAGGAAGGAAGCGCUUUGUGAAGCUUGAAAGCUUGUGCCUUCCACUAACAGAAACUGGUCCAAUAAAAGAUAUUCCUCAUCCCCCUUCUCACUCUCUCUCUCUCAUAAUACCUAGGUACGUCUACCAAGUGAUGUAGGACCUCAUUCCUUCACUGGAGCCACAUGUAAAAUUGGCAGUCCACAUUUUUUUUUUUAAAAAAAAGGGAGAUGUAGCUAAGUGAACAUGGGUGGGGAUGCUGCUGUCGCCCCACGUCAGUCCAUUCUUUGUAGCAAAAAUGUCUGGCUCUCCAAAAUGUUAAGUACUGUUGCUAGACUUGUAAUUCAUUUGUCUUUAUUUGUGCCAUUUUUUUUCAUUUCUAAUCUGUGAUUAAAACUGAUCUGUCACUACAUGAAAGUGAGGUUUUGAGAUUGUUUAGACAUUCUAUGGCCAGAAUUGUAGGUGUAAAUUUGCAUAGUUCCACUGAAGCUGUGUCAGUGGAUACCAGCUGAAGAUCUGGCUCUCACUCUGUUUUUGCCUGUUGGAAUUUAACUUUCUGUUAAAGACUGUAUGUAUUGAUUUUUACUGACCAAACUAUUUUUUAAACUAACAGGUUUUGUCUUAAAUGGUAAAUGGUCCUCUUUAGAAUACACUGGUUAUCAAAUGACAAUGUGAUUGUUUUUUGUAUAGGUUAGUUGUAGUUUAUUUGAGCAAAAUGGUUUAUCCAAUUUUCUUUAGAGAUCAUAAAAUAAAUAUUAAGUACAUAGUGA